UAACAGUGGAUCUUUUUUCCAGCGUGUCUGGCGUGAAAUUGACAUACUAUAAACACAAAUCUAAAUCCAGAACAUGUUUGAUAGGAUCUUUGGUCAGGGUAGUAUUUGGGAGCAAACGCCCCCUUUUUCCUUCUCUUAACAUUCAAUCCAUUAUUGAGCUGGUGCUAGCGUUGGGAGAAGAAAUGUGGCGAGUUAUGAUUGGUGAAGCCAUUUGAUCAUCUGGAUAUUUAUAAUUGUCAGAGGGAGAGAGAGAGAAGGAAAAUAGGAAACGAUGAAUUCGUCAUCAUCAGCAGUUGUGGGAGUGAGUGGUGGCAGUGACGCUCACAGAGUCUUCGUGUACGGAAGCCUUCUGGCUGACGACGUCGUUCGCGUCUUACUCAACCGCGUCCCUCAAUCCUCCUCUGGCAUUCUCGACGGCUAUCAUAGGUUUAGCAUAAAAGGGCGUGUUUAUCCCGCCAUUCUUCCAGUCCAAAACAAGCAAGUCACCGGCAAGGUCCUCUUUGGCAUCACUGAUCUUGAAUUAGAUAUUUUAGAUACGUUCGAGGACGUUGAGUAUGAAAGGACUACCGUUGACGUUUCCUUGAUGGAUGGUUCUCACAAAUUACGAGCACAUACUUAUGUUUGGGGAAACCAAAAUGAUCCCAAUUUGUUUGGAGAGUGGGAUUUCGAGCAAUGGAAAAGAGCGCACAUGAAUGAUUUUCUCAAGAUGACUACUGGUUUUAUGGAAGAACUGGAGCUGCCUGAAUCAAAGCCUAGAGUAGCCACUUAUGAAUCCUUCUUUCAGCAUGAUGACAACAAUUCCCCUAUGCCUUAGUGGUGCCAAUGCCAUCAUAUUUUCUUUGGGUUAUAUAAUGUAUGUUUUUAACUGCAUUUCAGAACUGUCAUUCUGUCAUUGAUUUACAUUCAAUUUUUUAGCUUAUCCCAUCUUUAGAAAGCUUAUAAUGCCCCUAUAAAGCAUUCCAUCAUAUUGAUUUUUUAUUUUUUGGGUUGGGGUAAUUUACAUUCUUUAGAAGUUAUCUAUUAUCCCUUUUCACGAGAAUAUGCCUUAGGUGAUCUGUACAGUGGAUACAUAUGAAUAAAAUCAAUCUAUAAAAACUUUUGCUUC